AUGCCGACUGGCGACACACCAACCAAGUCGUGGCUACCGCAUCCGCUUGAGAGACUACUCAACUACUGCGCCCCUGCAGACCCGUCAUAUCAUCGUAUACCCACAGACGAAUCCCGCGAUACCACUGCUCAUCGGCGUGGUCUUUCGAAAGCUAUGGUUUACGGAAUCCUCUUAGGCGCGCUGAUCAUCGGCGGCGUAGGCUCGGGAUGGCACUUCAAUCAACGUGCCGGAAGAGGUGAGUUCCCGAGCUUGUACGAAGCCGAUAUCGAGUCGGUGACCAAGGGCUUGGAGCAAAAUCAUUUUACUAGUGUCGAUCUUGUCAAGGCAACAUCCCCGAAUUCGUCCAUUAACGUUGCCAAACAGACUUAUAUCACUCGUAUCAACGACGUGAACGAUAUAUUGCGCCCAGUCAUCGAGAUCAAUCCUGAUGCGCUGGAUAUAGCGACUGCACUUGACGAGGAGCGCUCGAAGGGCAGAGUGCGAGGCGAACGCAUGGACACCAUCGGCCCACUAACAAAAACCGUCAAAGACUCCGCCUACGUCCUCCAAAGCAUCGUAGGCACUGACGUAUACGACAACUACACCUCCGCCAUCCCAGAGAACGUCGACAAAGACUUUGUCGGCGCCUGCAAACGCUCCGCUCUCAAAGGCGCACGUAAUUGUAUUCAUCGAUCUGGUGUUGCAAGCAACAGUAUAUAG